UUGUGAUCUAAAUGGUGCAUGUUGAUUGGGCGGCGCGGUGCCACCCACGCAGGUACGCAACCGGUUCCCCUCCUAGAGUGACGCUAGCGAGCGGACGCCGCCAUUUCGUGUGAGUGAGCAGCAAAGAAGAGGCGGCGGGAGGCACAAGGAGACGGUGAUAUAUACACACACUACAAUGGGGAACAUCUUUGCCAAUCUGUUCAAAGGCCUCUUUGGUAAGAAGGAGAUGCGAAUUCUUAUGGUGGGGUUGGAUGCAGCCGGAAAGACCACCAUCCUGUACAAGCUGAAACUUGGCGAGAUUGUGACCACCAUCCCCACAAUAGGUUUUAAUGUUGAAACGGUAGAAUACAAGAACAUCAGUUUUACAGUGUGGGACGUUGGCGGUCAGGACAAAAUUCGACCUUUGUGGCGUCAUUAUUUCCAGAACACUCAGGGUCUCAUCUUUGUUGUGGACAGUAAUGAUAGAGAAAGAGUAAAUGAAGCCAGAGAGGAGUUAACAAGGAUGCUAGCAGAAGAUGAGCUGCGAGAUGCAGUACUGUUAGUGUUUGCUAAUAAGCAGGACCUUCCAAAUGCUAUGAAUGCUGCUGAAAUCACAGACAAGCUAGGCCUGCAUUCCCUUCGUCAUCGGAACUGGUACAUUCAGGCUACCUGUGCGACCAGCGGAGAUGGGCUAUAUGAGGGCUUGGACUGGCUCUCUAACCAGCUGAAGAACCAGAAGUGAUCCCCUCCCAUAUGAGUGCCCUCCAUCCCUAUGCCCCUCUCUCCCUCCCAAAUCCCAUCCUA